AUGGGAGUUAACGUAUUAAACAGCAUUAAUGCUGGUCCUGAGGAAAUAGUAGGAUGGAUUUUGAUUGGUAUUAAGAACCUGCAGUCAUGGGUCUCUGAGCGCAAAAGCCUAGAAGAGAGUUUGAGACAGGGAGGUACAAACAAAGGAAAGAUUUCAGGUGAGGAAAGAAUGAAAGAAUUGAAGUUAAAGGCUAGGUCUCAAUCUAAAGAAAAAUUGAAACAUGAAGUAUUGCCUGUAGAUACUAUGGAAUUGGCAGAGAGAGCCGUGAUCAGAUACGUUCAGCAACAGCAUUUCUCUAGAGAGAUCAUCGCUUUGCAAAAGGAUCAAGUGGUUAGCAAGUCUAGUAAACUUUGCAAAUUGAAUCCAGUGAUGAGUGGUGGACUUUUGAGAAUCGGAGAUCGUUUAGGUAAAGCUGAACUUUUAUAUGAUGUCAAACAUCCAGUAGUCCUUCCUAAAGAGUCGCCUGUAUCGAAUCUGAUUCUACAACAAAUACAUAAAGAUGUAGGACAUAUGGGGAGAAAUCUCAUGUUAGCUACUUUAAGACAAAGUGAUUUGAAAGGUCAGAACAUUGUUAGUAUUCCAGUAGCAUAUACCAAAGGUAGCAUCCCUGUAACCAAACGACAUAUUCCUACUCAGAGUGAUGUUAAUCAGUGGCCUCAUUUGAAUGCUGUGAAUAUACCACAGAUUGACGCUGAGAUUGGGUUGAUGAUUGGAAAUGCAGUGGCCGACGCAUACACUCCACAAGAAACAUUGACUGGUCCUAGUGGUUCACCGUAUGCAACCCGCACCCGUUUAGGAUGGGCAGUUUGGAAUAUGGUGAGAAGAACACACGAUGAACAGAAGGAAUUUGAUGUAUAUAGAACAGAGGUGACAGCAGUGCAAGAAAUAGAAGAACUCAAGAAUCUAGAAGUAUUGGUGAAACAAUCUAUUAAUCUUGAUUUCCCUGAAAGAGUCAUAGAUGACAAGCAAGAAAUGUCCCAAGAGGACAAAAAAUUCAUGCAUAAGGCAGAAAGUUCACUCAGGUAUGCUAACGGACAUUACGAGAUAGGUUUACCGUUCCGUGAAGAUAGUGUGAGUUUGCCAGAUAAUAAAAGACAAGCUUUACAGCGCUUAAAGUGUACAGAAAACAGAAUGAGGAAAGAUCCUGUAUUCUACGAACAUUACAAGUCAUACAUGAACGAUAUAAUAGACAAAGGAUAUGCUAUUAAAUUGUCCAAUGAAGCACCAGAUUUGCACAAAGGAAAGGUCUGGCAGGAAAGAGUGGCAUUGAUGUCGGACAUUGCUGCGAUGUUUCAUCAGGUUAAAGUUCCCCCCAAGGAUAAUGAAUGCUUUCAAUUUUAUUGGUGGCCCAAUGAGAACAUAGAUGGUGAAUCUGAGGUGUACAAAAUGGUUGUCCACUUGUUUGGUGCGGUAUCCUCUCCGAGCUGCGCAAAUAUGGCUUUACGCAAAACAGUGCUCGACAACAAGGAUCAACUAACACCAGAAGUAGUUGAAGCUGUGAUGAGACAUUUCUAUGUUGAUGAUUGUCUACUGUCCACAAGCUCUGAAAGUAAAGCAGUGACUUUGGUUCAUGAUUUAAUCGAAGCCUGUCAAAGAGGAGGAUUUCAUCUCACAAAAUGGACAAGUAACAGCCGUGAAGUGUUGAAGUCUAUACCACAAAAGGAAAGAGUUGAAGAUGUGAAACAGCUUAACUUAGAUUAUGAUGACCUGACUGUGGAAAGGGCUCUAGGAGUUCAUUGGUCAGCAGAACAAGACACGUUGUCAUAUAAAACAGUAAUACAAGAACGUCCUUUUAAUAGAAGAGGAAUUUUGUCAGUCGUAAGCUCAGUCUAUGACCCACUUGGAUUAGUGGGACCUUUUGUAUUGCCAGCAAAGAUAUUGCUGCAAGAUUUAUGUUACCGUAACAUAGGAUGGGAUGAAGAGAUAUCCCAAACAGAUGCAAAGAUAUGGAAGAGAUGGUUGUCUGACUUAACCCAGCUGAGGCAUUUCACAGUACCAAGGUGUCUCAAACCGCCUGAAUUUGGUGAAGUGAAGUUAUACCAGAUCCACAACUUCUGUGAUUCAAGUGAGAAAGGAUAUGGUGUGACAUCAUAUUUACGUAUAACUAAUGAUAAGAAUCAAAACCACUGUUCUUUAAUUAUGGCAAAAUCACGAGUUGCACCUCUAAAGAAGGUAACUGAUUCCUAG